AUGAGAAGUGAAAAAAGUGAAAAAAGGGAAAAUUCCUACACUGUUUGUAUCUAUUUUGUAGUUGCAAUAUUCAGCUUUCCAGUUCUGUGUGGUGCUGAAAAAAUGCGGAAAAGGUUGAAACAAGUAUCUUCAUCUUCUCCCGGACUUCCAAAUCAUGGCGUCAAUAAUGAAUGUUUAAAUAUUCCGUUAUCUAACAUUACGAAUGUUGACGAGGGCAGACGUAGACGAAAGUUAAGAAAAAUAUAUCUUGAUAAUAAGAAAUCAAGAUCUACUUCAACACCAACGAAUACACAAUUGAACAUACCGGCUUCGUUUUCGUUACAAGUUUCUACUUUAGCCGAGUCAAGUUUAAGAACUCCGUUAUCUAACAUUACGAAUGUUGUCGAGGCUAAACACAGGCAUAAGUUAAGAAAACUAUACCUUGAUGGUAAGAGAUCAAGUAUUACUCGAAAACCGUUUCCUUCCAAAGGGGAAGCAUCAUCUUCAUCAGGAAGACUAAUCAUUUUUACCGACAAAGAGAAUUUACCGCCUAAUUCAUCAAUCACAACGUUUUGUAGUGAUUUCAAUUCAUCCGGUAACUUAACAUCUUCCAUGAUAACACGCUCAACUUUGAAGAACGGAUUUGUACCGCAAGACUCUUAUACAACACCCCAGCGUACACCGUUUGCAAACAAAGAAAAUGUAAUACCAGGAACUAUUUUGAAUUUUGCUGGGAAAGCAACGUCUUCAUCCAGAGCCUUUUUGAAUUUGAAUAGCAAGACAAACGUAUUGCAAGAGUCUUCUACAUCAACACAACGUACCCAGAUUGCAAACAAAGAAAACAUAACACCAGCUUCGUAUAAUAUUGCAAGCUCAUCAACUUUACCAUUGAAUGAUUGCUAUUCUAUUUCUCCAAGGAUUGUCAACAAACGCAAUGCAUCUUCUUUUAUCACGGAAGUGUCUUCAUUAAAAAAGAUGUCUUCUGGAAAACGUAGACUUAUUCAUAAACCAAUCGAAAUAGAACCCAUACCAAUGACUGAUCUUGACUCUGACGAUGUAAAUCAUGUUCACGAAUGUGUUAUAGACAUUACCAAAGGCACAUCUAUAGAUUACCUUGACCAUGGUGAUCAAUCUCUCACUUGUGGAAUAUGUUAUGGAAAGUUAUGGCCAACCGAAGGUGGAAAGGGUCAGAUUACACUUGAACAACAAACAUAUGGUUUAUGUUGUGGUUAUGGUAAAGUUGACCUACCUGAUUAUAAAGAUUCUGAUCCAGCUUAUCAGAUGCUUUUUCUAUGUUCAGAUUCAGAAAAAAUCAGCGGUCAGAAUGCACAUAGUCUGGGUAGCCUUCUUCCUAAACCCGGAAACAAACCAAAAUUUUCACAGCUUUAUAUCUACGAUACCGAGAAUGAACUUUUGAAUAGAACAACGUUAUUUGGGGAUUCGACAACUCAGUCAUCGUCAAAACAAAGGGCAUUUGACGUUAAAUUUAUAAAGUAUCUUACCGACAUGUUAGAUUCUCAUAAUAUGUUGGUAAAAACUUAUAGGAUGGUACGAAACCAUAUUCAUGAGAAUCCUAACGUUUCUCUUAAGCUUCGGUUAAUUUCACAGAGAGAUCGGGACGGUAGGACUUACAACUUACCUACAUCUUCUGAAAUUGCUGCUUUAAUUGUCGGCGAUAUGGAUAAGACGAUAGAUCAUCGUGAUAUUAUUGUUAAAGAGCAGUCAGGAGUUCUUAAACGUAUUAGCGAGCUACAUCCUUCCUACCUUGCUCUACAAUAUCCAAUUCUUUUUCCGUAUGGUGACGAUGGCUAUAGGAUUAACAUUCCGCAUAGGGAUUUUGGUCCUAACACAAAGAAGACACGGCCAAAUUGUACAAUGAGAGAAUUUUUUGCUUAUAGGAUUCAGGAUAGGGACAACAAGUUCUCUUUAAUCCUUAAUGCCAGGAGUCUUAAAAAAGUUCAAGAAGGUGGCCAGAGUGAUUUGUCUCAUAAAGGGAAACCUGUUAUAUUACCGUCAUCAUUUACCGGUGGAUAUCGCUAUAUCAUGCAAAACUACCUGGAUGCUAUGGCUUUAUGUAGGACGUUUAUUGGUGACUCAUCAAUUAAGCCAGAAGACAGACCCGACAUUCUUUGUCGAUUGUUUAAGAUGGAACUUGAUGCAUUAAUAAAAGACAUGAAGGAAAAAAAGAUUUUCGGUGAUAUUAAUGCAGUUGUUUAUACUGUCGAGUUUCAAAAACGUGGUUUGACCACACAUGCGCAUAUAUGCUUAUUUAUGAAAGCUGAUCAUAAGCUUCCUAUUGUUGAACACAUCGAUCCCUUUAUCUCAACUGAGAUUCCGGAUAAGAAUGAAAAUCCUGAAUUGUAUUCUCUUGUGAGUGACUUUAUGAUUCAUGGUCCUUGUGGACACGCUAAUUUGAAAUGUCCAUGCAUGGUAGGCAACCGUUCUAAAAAUUUUCCAAAGAGGUUUAUGGAAGCUACUUAUGUAGGAUCAUGUAGCUGA